GGUCCCGAUCGCUGGGACAAACAGUAGGAUGAAACAUAAGCAAACGAUCGGCGGCGCAGUACCUGCUUAAAGGCAGCCUGAUCGCUUGAAACCACGAACGCAAAUAGCGUGUGGAUUUGGUGAAGGCUUUUAUUCUCUCUUUGCGGGCUUGUAAGAAGAAAUCGUGAAAAGUGUUGGCCAAGAAAAAAGUAGGAAAAAGCUGCGCAGAGAACAAGUGUGGAUGUUAAUGAAACUAAACCUGGCGGUGCAAGAAGGAUCAAGAUGUUGUAGAACAUGAGACACCGGGGACAUAAAAGCUGGGAAAAAAACUACGUAAAGGUGGAUAUUAGAUGAGAAUGGCUUGAUUGUGCAGAUGACAGUUUAUUUUACGAUUGGGAUCUUCUUAUUGGCAGAAGGAAAGAAAGUUUUCAGCGUUCUUCUGCAGAUCAGCAUCUCAUUUUCUGCCGUCCCUGUAAGCGGCUGUGGGACCACCUGUUUUUUUUAUCGGACUUGAAUCACUAUGUCCCGUGUGGUGCAGAAGAAGAACCACUGGAGCAGCAAACUUACGGAGAGUUCGCUGUGCAGAGACGAACGGGGGGGUUUCCAUGUGGAGCUGCGUGGCGGAGCUGAGAAUGGGCAGUUCUCCUAUGUGGAUGAUAUCAACGAGGAUUUAGUGACAUAUCAGUACGGUGGACUGACCGAGGGGGAAUUAAUAUUGGAGGUAGAAGGCCUUUCGGUGUCUGGAUUGCCCCUGUAUGAUGUGCUGGAAGUGGUGAAGAAUUGCAAAGGUCCGGUUCGAUUCAGAACCGUCAGACAAGGAAGCAAGCUGAAUAAGGACUUGAAGCACUAUCUCAGUCAGAGGUUUCAGAAGUCGUCCCCGGACUACGAGCUGCAGCAGACCAUCAGAGAUAACCUGUACCGCCACGCCGUGCCCUGUACAACCCGCCCCCCGCGGAACGGAGAGGUCCCUGGUGUGGAUUACAACUUCUUGUCUGUGCAGGACUUCCUGAAACUUGAAAAGAGUGGAACUCUUCUGGAGAUUGGGACAUAUGAAGGUAACUAUUAUGGAACUCCCAAGCCGCCAAGCCAGCCCCCCAGUGGCAGAGUGAUUACCAGUGAUGCUUUGCAAGACAGCCUUCCCAGCUCCCCGCUCUCCACCUCCCGGCGCUCUAAGUCCUAUAAUGACAUGCAAAAUGCUGGAAUAGUGUCUCCAGAAAAUGAAGAGGAUGCUGACGAGCUCCCUGACAUGAGCAGUAGCUUCACAGGAGACUCCAGUGAACCGGACGAGCAGCCCAGCGUGCGCCUGCCCCCGUCCCGCGAGAGAGCCCCCUCCUACGGUGUCACCGCCCCGCUGCUAGCCACGGACGGUUCCCGGCAGACACACGGCCAACUGCGGCUCCCUGAAGAGGACCUCUUAGGGCCCCUGCCAGACAACUGGGAGAUGGCCUACACAGAGAACGGAGAGGUCUACUUCAUAGACCACAACACAAAGACAACAUCCUGGAUAGACCCCCGGUGUCUGGAGAAACCACAGAAGCCUCUGGAAGAAUGCGAAGACGAUGAAGAAGGCGUACAUACUGAAGAGCUGGACAAUGAGCUAGAGCUUCCAGCUGGUUGGGAGAAGAUAGAAGACCCUGUAUAUGGAGUGUAUUACGUCGACCACAUAAACAGGAAGACGCAGUAUGAGAACCCCAUCCUGGAAGCCAAGAGGAAAAAGCAGCUUGGUCAGCAGCCAGUGGAAGAGUGGAUAGAAGAGCGUUCUUCAGCUGGGCCACCUCUGGCCAGCUUCCCCAACAGCCACCAGGAGACAUACCGGGAUCCACAGGCGGCACCCCCCCUUCCACCUCCGCUGGGGGCCAAACGCGGGAAACCCUUCUUCACAAGGAACCCAGCCGAGCUGAAGGGGACCUUCAUCCACACCAAGCUGAAGAAGAGUCGCCGGGGCUUUGGCUUCACGGUGGUCGGCGGCGACGAGCCAGACGAGUUCCUGCAGAUCAAGAGUUUGGUGCUAGAUGGACCUGCUGCUCUGGAUGGAAAGAUGGAGACUGGUGAUGUGAUCGUCAGUGUGAACGAGACCUGUGUCCUGGGCUACACGCACUCCCAGGUGGUGAAGAUCUUCCAGUCCAUCCCCAUCGGCUCCAUGGUUGACCUUGAACUUUGCCGGGGCUACCCCUUACCGUUUGACCCUGACGAUCCCAAUACUAGCCUGGUCACAUCAGUAGCCAUACUGGACAAGGAGCCCAUCAUUGUGAAUGGGCAGGAAAGCUACGACUCUCCCACCAGCCGUGGAAGCCAGCCGGGUGGCGGCAUGAACGGUGCCAAGGAGCCCCGCCCCUACAGUCCGUCUGCCGAGGUUGCGCCUGAUGGCACGCCCGCUUACCCCAGUGACGUCGUGACUCUUGCGUCCUCCAUUGCCACGCAGCCCGAGCUCAUCACAGUGCACAUGGAAAAGGGCGAAAAGGGCUUUGGAUUUACCAUUGCCGACAGCCCCACUGGGGGCGGCCAGAGGGUGAAACAGAUCGUCGAUUACCCCCGCUGCCGGGGCCUGAAGGAGGGGGACAUUCUGGUGGAGGUGAACAAGAGGAACGUUCAGAGCAUGACUCACAACCAGGUGGUGGACCUGCUGAGCAAGUGUCCCAAAGGAAGUGAGGUCACCAUGCUGGUGCAGAGAGGGGCGGCACCAGCAAAGAGGAGCCCCAAGUUGCCACAGCAUCAGCAGUUGGAGAGGAGGGACAGCCAGGGCAGCUCGCAGCACAGCCUCUCUAGCCACCGCAGCGCCCACACUGACUCGCCGGUGCACGCUAUCCCAGCCCCAGCCAGCGAGAGUGCCCCGCCCCCUCUGCCUCCCGGCCCGCUCCCCCAGGACCCGGUCGACCCCAUGGCACAGAAGAAGCCCGACCCGUUUAAAAUCUGGGCCCAGUCCAGGAGCAUGUACGAAAGUCGAUUGCCAGAUUUGCAAGAGCAGGACAUCUUCUUGUGGAGGAAGGACACAGGCUUUGGAUUCCGCAUCCUGGGGGGCAAUGAGCCCGGCGAGCCGAUUUAUAUCGGACACAUUGUGAAGUACGGGGCGGCAGACGAAGAUGGCCGGUUGCGCUCGGGCGACGAGCUGAUCUGCGUGGAUGGCACAGCCGUGGUGGGGAAGUCCCACCAACUGGUGGUGCAGCUGAUGCAGCAGGCGGCCAAGCAGGGCCACGUCAACCUGACUGUCAGGCGGAAGACGGGAUUUGGAGUGUCGAAGCUGGACGGCGAGGUGCCCCCAUCGCCGGCCUCAUCGCACCACAGCAGCACCCAGGCGCCCUCGCUGACGGAGGAGAAGCGCACGCCGCAGGGCAGCCAGAACUCGCUGAACACUGUGAGCUCGGGCAGUGGCAGCACCAGCGGCAUCGGCAGCGGCGGGGGCGGGGGCAGCGGGGGCGGCGUGGUGCCCAUUGCCGUGCAGCCCUACGACGUGGAGAUCCGGCGUGGCGAGAACGAGGGCUUUGGCUUCGUCAUCGUGUCCUCGGUGUCCCGGCCCGACGCUGGCACCACCUUCGCUGGAAAUACGUGUGUGGCCAUGCCCCACAAAAUAGGCCGCAUCAUCGAAGGAAGCCCGGCCGACCGCUGUGGGAAGCUGAAGGUCGGCGACCGCAUCUUGGCUGUCAACGGCUGCUCCAUCACCAACAAGUCCCACUCUGACAUCGUCAACCUCAUCAAGGAGGCUGGGAAAACUGUCACACUGAGGAUCAUUCCUGGGGAUGAGUCGUCCAAUGCGUCGCUGCUGACCAAUGCGGAGAAGAUCGCCACCAUCACUACCACGCACACCGCACAGCAGCAGGCCCUGCCAGACUUAAGAAACAACACGAAACCAAAACAGGAGUCAUUCGAAUUUAAGCCACAAGCUUCUCAACCGUCGGCUCAGACGCAAGUCCCGACCCAGGAAGCAGAGUACUACUCUGUGGAUCUGGAGCGUGACACUAAAGGCUUUGGCUUCAGCCUCCGGGGAGGUCGCGAGUACAACAUGGACCUUUACGUUCUGCGGCUGGCCGAGGAUGGAGCGGCAGUCCGCAACGGCAAAAUGAGGGUGGGCGACGAGAUCCUGGAGAUCAACGGGGAAAGCACAAAGAACAUGAAGCACGGCCGGGCCAUUGAGCUGAUCAAGAACGGCGGCCGGAGGGUGUGUCUCGUCCUCAAGCGGGGGGACGGCUCUGUGCCUGAAUAUGACGGCAGCAAUGACGCCAACGGUCCCACCGCCGGUACACAAAAUGUUCCGGAAGUGAAAACAUUACCACCAAACACUCGAUUACACGCGUCAUCGGAGUCCAGUUAUGCAGCAAACCUUCACAAAUCAUCACGGGAGGAGGACAAGAGGACGAGAGAGGAACUCGAAAGCAGAGAACGUGGCCGGCACUCCCACCAGCACCACCAUGGCUCGGGCAGGCAGGGCAACCAUUCCGGCCACCACAACCACUCGCCCGACAAGAAGGGCACACACCACCGGCGGGGGAGGCGGUCGGAGGAGAGCUCUGACACCAGGAGGCGUAGUGGCGGCCAUGACAGGAGACACGACCACCACUACAGGAGGCAUCACUCUCCAGAGAGCAGGAAGCACAAGACUUAUGGUGCAGAGAGGACUUCCGACCAACAUGAGAGGAGGCAUGGACACCAUCGCUCCCACCACCACGGCCACCACCACGGUCACCACCACACCUCACAUUACCAGCAGCAUCGUCACCAUCGUUCACCCCAUCGCAAGGGCUCCCUGGAUAGAUACUCAAAUGGCGAUCCAUCAACCGAGUACACAAACAAGCCAAAUACAUAUAGGCAACGAGCCCGUUCCGUCGACCAGCUCCUGGACCCAUCGCCAGAGAGAUACAGGCAUUCUGAUGAGGUUCCCAAGCUUGAGCAAUCCAUGCUGAACGACCCCCCUGCUGUCGACCGUAACAGGGAGAACACCUCAUUCAUGGAGCCACCUGCUGUCGACCAAUUUAGAGACAACGUCAAGCACCCACCAGCUAUUGACCAUUACAGAGAGAAUGUCUUUGAGAGUAACACACCUGCCGUCGACCGUUACAGAGAGAAUGACUUUCAAAGAGACCGUCCCCGCAUGCCGUGGGAAGACACAUCAGCCAGGGUCAGCUCACCGUACAACACCUACAAGACAAACAGUUUACUGAGGGAACCAUUGCCUGACAAGAGUGACAGGCUUGGGCAAAUCCUGGCCGACCGUUUGUCUGAGGGAUCUUACAAAUCGGAAAGCCUUCCUCGAGGGUCGUCCCUGGAUGGAGACUACCCGGUGGAGACGGGCGCGUCCAGAAUGAAGGACUUGUAUGGCACACUGAGAUCCAAUGGCAGCCUAGAUCCCCAGAAGCUCCUCGAGUCCAAGAGGAAACCCUACAAAGAGAACCCCAGUGACCUCAGCAUUUGAUAGCACGCCCAAGCUGCUAGCUGUGUUUGUCCAGACACCCCUGCUGCCAUGGAAAAUGUGGACCCCGCAAACUGAAGUAACUGCUCUGACAUUACACCCCCCCCCCCCCCCAUUUUGAAAAUGUUCCGACCCUGAGGUACAUCAUUCCUUUAUUUUUCGGUUAUGAGUUGCAUCUUGCGGGCUAUUAAUUUGAAUUUCUAUGUGUUGUACAUUUGUGUGAAUUUUAUAACACAGCAAGAAAGUAUGUGCCUAAAAGUGCUGUAGAUGAUACUUUUCCACAAAAGAAAGGCUUUUUAAGCGGCCGUCUGGCUGCAUCUCCUCCUCCCCACCAAGAGACACGUGAACACACACCAAAUAUCAUCUGCGCCGCAUGUCUUAUUUUUGUGUCCAUUUCCCUGGAUCUGUUAGCGUUUGGUCGCUAUAGAGCACAAGUUGGCGUUUUUUUGUAUUUUUUCCCCAACAUUCGCAGAAUGUGUACAUUCAAAUUAGUGAUCAAAUGAUCAGAUGUGAUUUUUAAACAUUGAAGGGAAAAAACCAGAAGCUAUGAUAUUGUUAAAAAAUAAUAUAUUCUAAUUCUGCUAAGUAUUUGUCUAAAUAUUUAUUGAAGGGUGAAGGAACCCAUAAAUGCCACUGUCUAACGCUUAGGUAUCUAAACCACAGAACCAAAUGCUUUGACUAAUCAGAUAUUAUUGAUUUAAUGUCUACUGAUGUUUACUGCUGUAGAUAGUCUAUCUGUUGUCUAACCAUGUUCCCAGUAAGAAAUUCACAGCAUGUCCUCAUUGUAUGGUAGUCCAGUUUACCAGAUUCAUACUGCACUGUUCCUUGUGUGGUAACCAAACCACCCCCCACCACCACCACCACAUAUGCCCAUAAAUCGCUGCUCAUCAGCAUCGUAAACUUCUUCAUUUCUGUGAUAUUUCGCACACAUCAAAUUGCAGGACAUUUCUAAAUACAGCGAUAGAAGAGGACAAGCUGAGUAACUGAGGAUUACUCCUUCGGAUUCACCAAAGUUGCCAUACUCUUUUACCUUGUAUUUCCAAACAAUACUGUAAACUUAGCGCAUUACUGUGACAGAGAAAGUUUGUAAAUGCCUAAUUUUUGUAGAAAACCGUAACAUAAAGGUCUUUGGGCUCUUCACGUACUAUACUGUACCUUCUGCACAUGCAUGACCAGCGGGACUUGGCCCUCACUGAUCCUAUGAGUGUUGACUGCAUUGUACGACCCCACCUCAAGUCUGCCCAGUUUGUCGAUGCAUUUGAGUUGGGUCCCACUUCCACCCAAGCAGCCUUUGGUGCAUGUGUGUGUAAGAGUGGGGGAGGAUGUUUUAUAUUGUGAUCCAUCUGGUCACGUCAUACGCAACCCAGCUUUGGCACCCUUUGGCUUCGCUUGACAGACACUGUAUUGGGCAGGGAGCUGUGGGAUCACUUUGGCGCCCCCUGCUGCACAUCUCCAAUAUAUAUUAUGUCACCUUCUGCAUUACAAGGACAACGACGCAAAAAGCAUUGCGAGUUUUAUCACUGUUGUUGCUCUGGUACUGUAAUUAAACACUCAGCCAUCACCUGUACAAAAUUUACUGUCUGAUUAAUAGGAUCAUGGUGGCAAGAAAACUGUUGCCUUUUUCUUGUAUAAAAGAGACUUUCUAACAAACCUUGUCUGUGAAGAAUGUGAUAUGUGUUUAUAUUUCCGAAAUGAAACAAGUGAUUUGUUGAAAAUAUUUUAAUGUAUUUUGAAUCAGGUAUGUAAAGCUGUUUUAAAAUGAAAUCUGGCGUAUUUGGUUGGGUUUUAACAGGCCUGCUAACAUAUUAUAAAGACAUUGUAUGCAGUAUUUUUUUUUUUUGUUUUGUUUUGUUUUUUUCUUGCAAUUUGCUCUGAACAUAAUGCUCUCCAGUGUGUCAAUUAAGAACCAGUGUAUGGGCCAAUCUUUUUUAUGAAACACUAUGCAUAUAGAAAUUACAUAAUCGAUAGCUUUGUUUGAACAAUGAAGCCACCUGUAACACAAUGUAUGUCAGACUUUGCAUUAGCUGUAGCGGUAGGUCAACUGGGUAAAGCUUCUUUCCUGAGACUGGACUGCAAUGUAUAUGUAGCUGUCAGAGAGAAGUCUGUGAAUGCUAUUUUUAUUAUCAAUAAAGUUUUCCAUGGAAAUUCA